AUGGCUCAAUAUACGGAGACUCUCUUAGCUGACCGUAGGGUCAGUCCAGAAGCAAUAUUAAAGAAUCACCAAAAUAUCAGAUUACCCGAGAAAGGUCAACGUAAUGUUUUAAUCACAAGUGCUUUACCGUAUGUGAACAACAUACCCCAUUUGGGUAACAUUAUCGGAAGUGUGUUAAGUGCCGAUGUCUUUGCCAGAUAUGCGCGUGCUCGAGGUUAUAAUACAUUAUACGUUUGUGGUACCGAUGAGUAUGGCACUGCGACGGAAACAAAAGCCCUCGCGGAAGGAAUCAGUUGUCAAGAACUAUGUGACAAGUAUUAUGCUAUACAUCACGAUGUGUAUAAAUGGUUUGAUAUAAAUUUUGAUUACUUUGGUCGAACCACAACCUCCGAACAAACUGUAAUUGCGCAAGACAUUUUCCUUAAACUACUGAAGAACGGUUAUCUCAGCGAAGACAGUAUGCUUCAACUGUUUUGCGAAAAGUGUCAGCGGUAUCUUGCUGAUCGUUACGUUGAAGGUACUUGCCCAAAGUGUGGUUAUGUGGAUGCUCGAGGGGAUCAAUGCGACUCUUGCGGACAACUUCUCAACGCUGUCGAGUUGAUAAAUCCACGCUGUCAACAAGAUGGAAGUCCCCCGAUUACACGGGAAUCACAACAUAUGUUUCUCAAUCUGAAUAUGCUUCAAGGUCCCACUGAACAAUGGAUAGAGGAAGCCAGUACUGAAGGGAAAUGGUCUGCAAAUAGUAAGACGAUUACCCAGAAUUGGCUUCGUGAAGGUCUCAGACCACGAUGUAUUACGCGUGAUUUGAAAUGGGGCACCAAGGUACCUCUGGAAGGCAUGAAAGACAAAGUGUUCUAUGUGUGGUUUGAUGCCCCUAUUGGUUACUUGUCGAUAACUGCAAAUUAUACUGACCAGUGGGAACAAUGGUGGAAGAAUCCCGAAGACGUAAAAUUGUACCAAUUUAUGGGGAAGGACAACGUGCCUUUUCACACUGUCAUGUUUCCUAGUACUCUAAUUGGUACGGGAGAGAGUUGGACGUUGUUGCAUCAUUUGAAUACAACAGAGUACCUGAAUUAUGAGAAUACCAAGUUUUCUAAAUCACGUAAUAUUGGCGUAUUUGGCGAUGAUGUUAAGGACACUGGAAUACCCGUAUCAGUAUGGCGAUAUUAUCUUCUAUCAAUUAGACCAGAGACUAGCGAUUCCAUGUUUACAUGGAAAGAGUUUAUUACAAGAAACAACACCGAAUUACUUGCAAAUCUGGGUAACUUUGUCAAUCGAGUCGUUAAAUUCGCUAUUGCAAAAUAUAAUGGUAUUUUGCCCGAUUUUACCAUGGAUGAGGAAGAUGAACAAAUACUCACUAAAAAUGUCAACGAGAUAUUAACUAAAUAUUUGGAGGCUAUGGAGAAUGUUAAGAUUAGAGCUGGAUUAGAGAAGGCCAUGGAAUUAUCUCACCUGGGAAAUUACUAUCUGCAAGAGUCCAAGCUUGAUAACACCUUAUUUGCCGAUAAUCCCCAAAAGUGUGCAGCGGUUAUUGGUGCAACUAUAAACAUGAUAUAUUUGUUGUCUGCAUUGAUUGAGCCAUAUAUGCCAUCGACAAGUGAAUCCAUUCUGCGUCAGCUUAACGCCCCAGCACGUACUAUUCCCGAUUCUUGGACGAUUGAUAUUUAUCCUGAACAUAAAUUGGGAAAGGCUGAGUAUUUAUUCCGGAGAUUAGACGAUAAGCAGUUUAGAGAAAAGUAUGGAGGUCUAGACACGAAACCGAAACAAACCAAGAAGAAAGGAAAUACGCAAAAGAAAACAGGAUCCGGUGUAUGA